AUGGCCUCUGACAACGUCCACCUUCUCGUCCUCGUCCACGGCAUGUGGGGAAAUCCCGGCCAUCUCAAAAGCCUUCAGCGUCUCAUGAGCGAGCACCACGCACAAGAUGACGCACCCGCAGGACCUGCGGGCGAGAAGCUCGAGAUCCUGCUCGCCGAGACGAAUAAAGACGAACACACUUAUGACGGCAUUGAUUGGGGAGGCGAGCGUGUCGCUGAAGAGGUGCUCGAUGCUGUGAAACGAUUCGAGAACGAGGGCAAGAAGGUCACCCGUUUCUCGAUCACUGGCUACAGUCUCGGAGGUCUCGUAUCACGAUACGUUGUAGGGAUUCUACACCAGCGCAAGUUCUUUGAGACCGUCACCCCAGUCAACUUCAAUACAUUUGCGACGCCGCAUAUAGGCCUCCCGAGAUAUCGGACGUUCAUCUCCUCGCUCACGACGUACCUGGGCCCGAAGCUCCUAUCCCGGACAGGGGAACAGUUCUAUACAGUAGACAAAUGGUCGGCACGAGGUCGGCCUCUUAUAGAGGUCAUGGCGGAUCCAGACCGAGUAUUCUACCAAGCAUUGUGUCUGUUCGAACACCUACGCAUAUAUGCGAACGCCAUCAACGACAUCACCGUACCAUACCCAACUGCAGCCAUAGAGACAGAAGACCCAUUCUUUAACCGCGCGACUAAUGGCAUAGAGAUAGAAUACGACGAAAAAUAUUCACCGCUAAUCAAGGCAUGGCGCCUGCCAGAUUCACCACCGGCCCUACCACCUGCACCAAGACCGUUGACAUGGGAAUGGGUCAAGCGGUACCAGAUCCCGCUCCCGCCUGCCCUGCAGGCCAAGUUCCCGUAUAAUGUUCUUGUCUACACCUUCCUCCCCAUCCUCUUCCCCAUCCUCAUUACCCUCGUUAUCAGCCGGCUCUCCUUCGCGGCCCUCGCGUCGCGCAAGCGCCUCCGCGUGCUGGAGAAGGACCAGUCCUCCGUCGACCGCCUUGUGCACAUCCUCGGCCGCCUCGAGCGCGGCGUGGAGGACGCCGUCGCAGACAUGAUCGACGCUCCUGGUGGCACGCCUCCUAUGGGCACUCCCUCGACAGACAUGCUCACGGCAGGUGCGAGCCCGCAGAUCCGCCUGGAGAGCCCCAGCCCAACACCGGAUUUGGGCAGCGCAAGUUCAUCUCCGGACCUCCGCAGCGUGAACGGGCGUCUGGGGGCCACGACCUCGCGCACCUCGUCGCACUCGUCAGAUACGGAAGCACAGGAGCAGGAGCUGCAUGCGGCUGAGAUUGCCGCGGCGGCGGAGGUGGCGCACUUCGUGCUGACGGACCUGCAGCGGCGGAUCGUGCGCACGCUGAACAUGCUCCCGCGGCUGCAGAAGGAGCGUGCGUAUAUCGAGGUGCGGAACGCGCACGGGCCGAUCAUCUGUCGUGACAUGCAGCGGUUCGCGUCGCACAAGCUUGGGGAGGGCGUUAUCCGACAUUGGGUGGACCAUUUUAUCAUGUAGACUGAAGAUAUAGACCGACAGGUGAUGUAUUAUCAUCAAUUGUGCACUUUGUUUUGGCGUUC